ACAAAUACAUGAUGAUUACAAAAAUCCUUAGUCGUUCAUCUCGACUUGCUACAGCUCGACCCAUGUUACGUCGUGGUGGACAUGGUACACCUUCUUAUAAUGAACCUGGAGGAUAUCUUUUCAACGAAAAAGUUCGUGUUAAAGAAGAUUGGGAAGAUAUUUAUUAUGUCGGCAUGGGCGGUGGAUUUCUGUUGAUAGCCGUCGCUUUAUAUUACAAACCUGAUACCAGCGUUGUCACUUGGGCGAAAAAAGAAGCUGAAAAGUCAUUAAAAGAAAAGGGAAUUAGUCUUGACUAUAAAAAGACUGCAUAAAACUAUUUAAUUUAAUAAAUUUCUCUUUCCUCUCUCUA